AUGGGGAACACACUGGGCGUUGAAUGCUCCUACAACCACGUCCGCCUGACGAGCAUUGUGGUGAAGGGGGAAAUGAGGAGUAACCACGAGGAGGCAAUGAAUGGUGCAAUCGGUGCAGACGCGCGUCGAGAAAAUUUCCCCUCGAGUGAGGACACUCAGCCUCAGGUGGGACAGCAACAACAAAUUUGUUCUCACAAGAUUGACCACAAUUGCAUCACCGGUGAAGGGUCUCGGUUUCAGUGCAAAUCGGAACCAUCUACCGAGCAUGGAGAGUACCUUCAAAUGCAGAAGGAUAUAUACGCUUACCUACUAACCAUACGGCACCUCAUUGUGGGCCAUGUGCACCUGCUUGUUCUGUACCACGAUAAAGCAAAAAAUCAGCACCUCCAAAUGGUGCCUUCAAAAAUGGGUACCCACUUGGAGGAACCAUUCUGUGCAUACGAGAAUUUCCUUGCGGCUCAAUCGUCGGGGGAAGGAGGAAAGAAGACAGACCCAGUACUGGAUGAACAGAUUGGCCAAAUUUAUUUCAUCACCAUAAAGGUGAGCAGUGUGGGUGAAGCUCUGGCCAAGUACCCACAGAAGACAUUCUCAAGGACAGUAAUAAAUCUCACCGGGAUGAGGAGUUCCUACAUUAGGAAACAACUUUUUAAGUUAAAAAAAAUGAACAACCUGUCCUAUCACGAAGAAGUAAAAUGCAUCAACAGCGCACUUCUUUUUUUGAACAAAUAUUACCCUGGUAGUUUGUACAAAUUUGUGCGGGAGGAGUGUAGUAUACAUGGGCAGGAAGAAAAUAAUAAUGGACUACGAGAAAAAUACCUGAGCCAAAUGGGACAAGCUCAUGAUACGUACCCUUACCUUCUCGUCAGUGUAAACAGAGGAAUCACUUACCAUUUGGUCAAUGCAAAUAAAGUUGUCACGCGCGUUGGCACAUGUUUCAUUUCGUACAAAAGUGCAGUAGGCUUGUUCUUUUUAAUAACAGGGAAACUCUCCUCCAUAGAAAAAAUUUGCCAGCUAGCGAAACGUGGGGACAGUAAAACAUUUGAUAUGUCCGUUGGGGACAUUUAUGGUACCUCUUAUGGCAACGCUGGGCUGAGCAGUGAUUUAACUGCCUCUUUCUUUGGUAGCGCGCAGCAUAUAGCUGAUGUGAAGGCGCUGUUUGGAGGUCCGCAGGUGCAAGGGGGGAACGCUGCCUUGGCCGCAGGCACCGACUGCGACUCGUUCGAUAGUGACCAGGUUAGUGACUGUGACAGCGAUAGUGAGCGCCAUUGCGACUACACCGGCACGGUGCAGAAGAGAUGCCCCGCGCAUGUUCCCCACGGGGGAGGCCUCACCAAGCGGACAAUACAACAUUGCAGGGCAAAACAUAUCCUUAUGGUGAGCAAGAAAUGCCAAAGUGACCCCGGCAUGGAGUCAAAGGUCUACUCACAAGUAGGCAGCUGUAGACGCCGCACAAGAAGUGAGCGUCUUCUGUUCGGUGACAAAUGGCACAGACACAUGUGUGCAAAGACAAGCAACUACUCAAAAUGUUAUGAACAAGUCAGGCGGAAGAAUGUCAACCUUGCAAAUGACUCUGUAGAACGUCACGCUGGACAAAUUGUCCAAUCACAUGUUAAGGGAAGCAAUGGGGAUGCUUACAAACGUGUUCAUACGAAGGUUGUGAGGGAGGUGGAGGAAGAAGAAGAGCCCAACAAAUACGAAUGUGACCUAUCCAAGUCGCUACUCUCAAUCGUUAUUUUUAACGCAGCCCAACAGGCCUACAUUCACAGCCAACUGUACAAUGUUAAGAACGUUUUUUUUUCGGGGUACCUCCUGGAAAAUGCGACCUGCGUGGAACUCAUGAAAGUCAUUGUGAAUUUUAUGUACCAUAAUGUGCAGCAGCUCCAUUUUUGCACGCUUUCUUCAUACAUGAGCAGUUUUGGCUGCGCUCUGCAAUGCUUACGUUGGGAGGAGGAGCCCGUCCCCUGUUGCUAA